ACAGCGUCGCAUCACAACCACGUCCAAGAGUGUUUUUAUCUCACUUUACACAGCAUCACAAAAUGGUCAUUAAGCGAAAACCGUCGUCCUCAUUAGGACUCGAAAGAAGAGUGCGACCUAGAAGAGAGGAUGAAUGGGAGGAGGAGCCUGAGAGCCAGAACUCCUCAAGUGAGGAAGAUGACGACGAUGAGGUUGAGGAAGAGGGUAUCCGAGGCGACUCUGAUGACGAAGACGAAGACGAAGAUGAAGAAGACCAAGAAUCUGAAGACGGCUCAGAAGAUGAGUCCGAGCCCGAGCAGAACGAACCCAAGAUAGACCUCUCAUCUGUCUCAUUCGGUGCCCUCGCAAAAGCGCAAGCAUCGCUACCCUCAGGACGCAAGUCAAAAAAUAAGAAAUCUACCGACGAAGACACCCCAAAGACAGAAACACCAGCACCCAGAAAACCCACCAGAUCAAAGGACGACCCCAAGCCCAAACGGUCAUCUAAACACGCACCCCAAGAACAAACCUCCAAAAAGCCCGUAUCCCGUCGUCGCGAGAUCAUCCCAGAAAACAAACGCCAAUACCGUGAUCCACGCUUCGACCCCUUAGUCGGCCGUGUCGACGAAGAAAAGGCCAGCAAAGCCUACGCCUUCCUGGACGAGUACCGCGACAAGGAGAUGGCCGACCUGCGCGUGCAGAUCAAAAAGACCAAGAACUUUGACGAGAAGGAGAACCUUAAGCGCCAACUGCAGUCCAUGGAGUCUCGCAAGAAGGCCAAUGUGCGCAGACAGGAGGAGGAGAACCUGCUCAAGGAGCACCGCAAGAAGGAAAAGGAGCUUGUGGCGCAGGGCAAGACGCCAUUCUACCUGAAGAGGAGCGAGCAGAAGAAGCAGCUGCUUGUGAACAGAUACGAGGGCAUGAGCAAGGGACAAGUUGACAGGGCGAUUGAGAGGAAGAGGAAGAAGGUUGCUGGUAAGGAGAAGAAGGAGCUCGACUUUUUGCAGCGCCGAGGGCCGAGAGGAUAGAUCUAGCACUUUAGAGGUUACGAAGCGAAUGAACCUUGAUUUGACAGC